CCCUCGGCGCGACGACCAGGAGCGCGGUUCCUCCUCAAGCCUCAUCUUCAGAGAAGCCAUGAGCAGUUUCGUCGACUUCGUGGACCGGGCCGAAGCCGGCUGAGAAGGCGACAGUAGCCGUGUGUGGUUCUUCGACAGCCGUGAGUGGACGCCGGUGACUGGCGUCUUCUUUGGCUGUCGACGGCUGCUGCAGGACAAGUUUUGGAGAUAGGCGGCUUCUGGCCGUGCGCACCACGCCGUCUGCUAGCUCCUGGACGGGAUGUCGUCUGCUUCCGGCCGCUCAUGGAGACCUGUUUUUGUUAGCUUGACAGUGCUGGUAUGCGCGUGUGGCUGCUGUUCAGGAGAUGGUCUGGACAUGACUGCCGAGGAUCUGGACCAGAGGGAAGUCGUCUGCCCUCCAGGACAUGUCCCGUGCGGGAACGGCAGCAGCCGAUGUCUCUCCAGGCUUCUUCACUGCGACGGCGUCGUCAACUGCCCUGGCGGCGAAGACGAGCGACACUGCUCCGACGUCUAUGGAGGACUCGGAACACUCAUGGGCGUUUUUCCGAAUUGGCGAAUUCAGAACAUUACCAAAGCCGAGCACAUGCUUCAUCGAUACUCAUGCAAUCGCACGGACAUUCCCAGAACGUGUUACUGCGAAAGUUACUCGACAACGCGCGUCUUCUGCGAGAACGCCAACCUCACUCAUGUACCCAGGGCGAUCUCUGACGUGACACGUUUAAUAUUAACGAACAACAGUCUCAAUGUGCUACCGGCUAAUGCUUUCUACGGGUACACAAAUCUAUCAAGCUUGAUGAUCAUUAAUUCAAUAUCAGGAAUAUCUCCGCUGGCAUUUAAUGGACUCCUAAAUCUUCGAAUUAUGACAAUUGAAAAAAAUCACAUCUCUCAAAUUCACCUAGGAUCAUUUGCCGGCCUGCUGAACCUUAAUUGGCUGACUUUCAAGCACAAUCACCUGAGCAUAUUCAAUUUUGACGUUUUAAGAGAUAUACCCAAGCUUGAGCUCUUAAAUCUGGAGGGCAACGGUUUUACAGGAAUCUACAGGCCAUUUCCUGAGCAGAAAUCGCUUACGUGGCUUGAUCUCAAAAGAAACAAUUUGAAAACCCUCCACAAAGACACCUUUCAGGGCCUUCGGAACCUAGAGGUUUUAAUUUUGCGUGAGAAUCAUCUCGUAGAUAUACCCGAAGAGACCUUUCAGAAGAACACCAAGUUGUUGGAACUAGAUAUCUCAAGAAACUCAUUGUUCACCCUUCAUCUUGGCCUGUUCAAAGGUCUUCGUAGCCUGAAGAAAAUCGAUCUUUCACAAAACCCCAUCAAGUCACUACCAGCAACACUCUUUCACGAUCUGCGUAGCCUCAACUCAUUGAACCUUUCUGGUAUCGAGAUCUCCAACAUCGGCAUUCGACAUUUUCGUCAUCUCCCGAAACUCGAGUUCAUCUACUUCAAGAAGUUCCACUACUGCAGCUACGCGCCUUACGUGCGCAUCUGCAUGCCCAAGACGGACGGCUUGUCGUCCACAGAGCACCUCCUGGUGUGGCCCGUGCUUCGGCUGUCCGUCUGGGUCGUGGCCUUCACCACGUGCACGGGCAACAGCGUCGUCUUCGCCUGGCGCUUCCUCGCCAAGAAGGAGGACCGCGUCCUCUCGCUCUUCAUCAAGAACCUUUCCAUGGCGGACCUCUUGAUGGGCAUAUACCUGGUGACGGUCGGCUCCCUGGACGUAGCGUUUCGUGACGAGUACAACAAGCACGCCCACCAGUGGAUGUCCUCCUGGUUCUGCACCCUCUGCGGCCUGGUGGCCAUGGUGUCCUGCGAGGUGUCCGUCCUCAUCCUUUCCCUCAUCACCAUCGAGCGCUAUUGCUGCAUCAAGACGAACGUGCGUGCGGUGACGGUGAACGCGGCGCGCUACUUCUUGGCUGUGGUAUGGCUGGCCGGCCUCGUGCUGGCCCUGUUUCCAGUGCUGCGCUGGCCCAGCGAAAGGGCAUUCUACUCGAGCAACGGGCUCUGCUUCCCGCUUCACAUCGAUGACCCCUUCAUGCUCGGCUGGGAGUACUCCGCCUUCGUCUUCCUGGGAAUCAAUUUCUUCGCAAUGGUGUUGGUCAUGGGCCUGUACCUGUCCAUGUUCUGCAUCAUCAAGGAAGACAGGCAGCGGGCACGACCGGUCACGAUGAAAAAGCAGGAAGACGCCGUGCUUGCGCUCCGCUUCUUCUUCAUCGUCCUCACCGACUGCAUGUGCUGGAUCCCCAUCGUCAUCAUCAAGAUACUCGCACUUCUCGAGGUCCAAAUAUCAGAAAACAUCUACGCAUGGGUGGUGGUCUUCAUCCUGCCAAUCAACAGCGCCCUAAAUCCCGUCAUCUAUACGCUAGCGGCGCCUACCGAGCUCCGACGUAGGAUAGAAAAAUUCGCCCAGCGCUUGCUUAAGUGCCACAAACGCCUCGAGUGCAUGCUCACCAGCAGCCGGACACCUCGGUCUUCGGUGGCGACGCAGAGUCUUACUGGAACGGACGUCCCGUCGGUGUCAACUGACUGUACUUCCGGCGGAAGUGCGUACCACCCAGUAUCCCGCCAAUCGUGCGCGGCGAUCCACGAGCUCUCCGAAUCAUCCGAAGCAGACGACACCGUCCUCUGAAGUUGGCUGGGCUUGUCUUGCCGCAGAUCGGCUUGACAGCGAAGCCAGAUUCGACGGCUACCAAGACUCGUCCGACGAACGGAAUGCUAAUCGUCAUUG